UCACCGAAAAACUCAGAGAGAGAGAGAGAGAGAGAGAGAAAACAAACGCUUUCUAGAGAGAGAGAGCGAGAGGCAAAAAAAAAGGAAAAACCAGAGCGAGGGAAAAAGAAAGAAAGAAACUUUGACAAACAAUGGCGGAUCAACACGAUCAAGAGCUCGUUCAGAAACCAGACGUGAUUCAGCAAAACCCUCUCGAAGCUCCUCCGGAAUACUCCACGGAGCCGCCGGACUUCUCAGUCCUCCGCCUCGACCACCUCGACAAUCACUCUCCCUGCGCCAACUGCGGCUUCUCCGGCGCCGGCACCGGCACCGGCAACCGCAACGGCAAUUCCCUCAAACGGCCUUCGCCGAUCUCCGUCAACUCCCAACAACCCAAGCCCAAGAAGCUCUCUCUUGACGACCCCAUCACCACCACUCCUUUCCCUCUUCUCCGCCGCUGCGUCUCCGACGCGUUCCACCUUCCUCCUCCGGUUCAGUCUCCUCCAGCUUACGCUCCGGCCUCGGGCAUUUCUUCGAACUCCUCGCCCAAAACCGCGCUGAGUCCCGAAUCUGUCACGCCCUGCUCGGCCACUGCUCUGCCUCCUCGGCCGCCGCCGCUCCGGCGCAACAACUCCGCUCCCAUUCCGUCUCCGACGAAGUCGCUCUCGAGGACGUCGAGCUCUAAUCAGUUUGACAGCAAGACAGACAAUUCAAAGAAGCGGACAAAGAUAAGGAAUUGUUUGAAGGAGAUGAGCAUGUGGAUGGAAGAGUUAAUGGGAGUUGAACAAUCCCAGGACCAAUCCGAAUCACUCGUUGACGAAGAAAAUGGAGGAGUCGAAACGACAACAUAUCAUGAUAACGACAAAGAGAACGCCAAUAUUACUAAGACUUCUGAAGCCGAAUUUGAGGAGUCUCUGAGCGUGGAGAGAGAUGGGAAUUGGCUAAACAUUCACUUCAAGUGUCACUGUGGAAAGGGAUAUCAUUUCCUUCUUGCUGAUGGAAGUUGCUUCUACAAGCUUAUGUAGAUUCAGAUUUUAGUUCUUAAGUUCUUUUACAAUUGUCGUUUUGAUGGUUUG